AUGCCAUCUCAAAAGGUAGCUCUCGUAAUCGGCGCAUCUCGAGGAAUCGGUCGUCAAAUCGCUAUUGAUCUCGCAAAGAACGGAUAUGCAGUAAUCGUAUCCGCCAAAUCCACCAGCGACGCCUCUACCACCCAUCCUUUCCCCCCAAAUCCCAAUUCAUCCGCCUCAACCAUCUCCACCGUCUGUCGAGAGAUUCUCGAAGCCGGAUUCACCGCUACCGCCAUCCCCUGCGAUGUCCGCUCCCACGCCUCCAUCUCCUCUAUCAUAUCCCAGACCAUUUCCACCUACGGACGCAUCGACGUACUAAUCUACAAUUCCGGCGCUAUCUACCAUUCCUCCGUGCUUACCACCCCUCUAUCCCGAUACAUGCUCAUGGAAUCCAUCAACCCCAAUGGUCUCUACGCCACCAUCCAAUCCUGCAUUCCUCACUGGAAAGCCCAAGAUUGGAACGCCCGAAUCGUCGUCAUCUGUCCACCCAUUUACUCUCGAUUUUUCCGCGGCAAGACAGCCUAUGCAAUGGGAAAGUAG